AUGGAAGCUAUAUCUACUUUACUCCAACCACCGAUUGUUCGAACUGGCCUCAUUCCCCAUACUUCCGCUCCCGCAUCGAGCGCACAUAAACCUCCAACGGCUCGAGAUAUACCCCCAGUAACACUCACAAAUAUACCCCGUGUCGAUCCUUCGGAAUUCAAGUCGUAUUUGACCCAAGUAGGAGCUACCUAUGAUGCAUUGCAAAGAGCGAAAGAGAACGAAGAAGAGGGAGGAACUCAGCUACUACGCAAAGGCAGCAAGGCUGAAGACUUUGCGGAUAUUCUAGACUUCGACCCGCGGACACCUAAACUUUCUAGGAAAGCCUCUCUGGCUUCGCUUGCAUCCCUGGAGAGUCCACCGGCAUCGGUUCGGAAAAAGUCGAGUAGUGGAAGAAAAGCCCUACAUGCGCCGACUCCUAUUUCUACGGUUCCCAGCGUGUAUUUUGAGGACGACUUUCACUUGGAAAACCCACGAACUUUUGAUGUUGUUAGUGAACGCUCAGAGGUCAUUCGGCCAACGUCUGGCUCUCCCGAUGAACGUCGAGCAAGUAAUGGCUCUGCAAUUAACCCUAGAAAGGCACUGGCCACGAAUGCUAUACUUCAGGAAAAGUUGUCGUGGUACAUGGACACUAUCGAAGUCCAUCUAAUAUCUUCCAUAUCUACUGCCUCAACAUCAUUUUUCGCAGCAUUAGGAUCUUUACGAGAACUCCAUUCUGAAGCAGCAGUUUCCGUAGAGAGGAUAAAAACGUUGAGAAAGGAAUUAGAAGGUUUAGAUAAAGAAAUGGCCGUGGGUGGACUAAAGAUUGUAAAUUUGCAAAGAAGGAGAGAGAACUUGAAGCAAUUGAAUGAUGCAGUUCAGCAACUGAAACAAGUAGUAAAUGCUGUUGCUAGUUGUGAAUCAAUGGUGGAAAAUGGUGAAGUGGAAGAAGCAUUGGACGCCAUUGAUGCUUUGGAGAAACUUAUUGCAGGGGAGGAGAUGACGAGCAAACCGGGCCAGCAAAAGAUACAACUCCGAGAUUUGAGAGGUGCGACAGCCUUGCAAGGAGUAAAUCAUGAUUUGGAUGUCUUACGUUUCCGGAUUGGCAAAAGUUUUGAAGCCAGAUUUCUGCAAGCCCUUCUUGGUGAUCUUAGACGGCAUGUUGAGACGGUGUCUGCCGAAGAUACGCUACAACGUUGGAGCAAUGCAUCUUCGAGGAAUAGGGGAAGUCAGAGUCGUGAAACAUCUUCACAACAGCCUACAUACCUGAAAUUUCCUGAAGAAUUCCGGACAGAGUUAUCGUCGAAUCUGGGCGGCUUGUAUAGGGCAAAAUAUACUUCGGCUGCGACCUCCGCAUUCAGAGAUGCCGUAUUGAGAGAGGUCCGGAACAUUAUCCGGCGCUUUCUUCCUAGUUCUAAUGAUGAUGACACCGAUUCUAUGAUGUCAGCAUCUACGGUUGGUGGUACUAGGCAAAAGAAUCAGCAAGAAAAGUCGAUGAUAUUAGCUCGCAAUCUGCGUUCUUUGGAUCCAGAAGAGGCCGAAGAGCUCCUCAAGAAAACUUAUAUUCAGGUUGGCGAGACUCUAAGAAGGCUAGGGACUCAAGUCAAGGUACUUUUAGACGUCACUAGUACUCUGGGGGAUCCCGACACUCCUGGGGGUGUGAAGUCGCCACCACGAAGUCCUGUAAUAGGGUCAAUCAAUGCAAGAAUGAGCCCCAGUCUAAGGGGCAGUUCUGGUAGGGAGUUGCAAGAAGAAAUGCAUCAGACCCUGGACAUGUCUAGUCUUCUUGGACAAGCUGUUGAUAUUGCUCAAGACAAAGUAGUGAAGGUACUGCGGAAGUCUUGUCUAGGAUACUUUCCGCAAGCACACAGGAUGUCGAGCAUGGAGUUCCGGCAGCAAAGUGUGGCAGCGUUGUACUGA